UCGUACCUGUGAUCGUCGUCGUCGAUCGUUUUGAAACGAAACUAAAGCUGAACAAAAGAAAUAAUAAAAAAAAAUAUAUAUAUAAAAUAAAUGAAAAGAGAACCAGUGAAAGAAAAGCAAACCAAAAAAAAAAACGCAAGUGAUACGGAAGAAAAUGAAACGGAAACAAACGGAAAUCAACUUUCAAAUGUAAAAAUUGUUUGUUGUUUUAAUUAAAUUCUAAACAAACAAAGAGAGAAAGAAUAGCUACAGAAAAAAUCGUUGUUUUUCUUAAUUAAUUGUUAAUUAAUUGUUUACAAAAGCAGUAUUAACUGGAAUAAGAAAAAAAGUGACAUACGCACACCUGUUAUACAACCAAUUGUUUUAAAAUAUCUUUUAAACAUAUUAGCCAAAACAAAAAUUAAUUAACCAAAAUAAGCAAAAAAUCACCAAAAAGUUGCAGAAAACAAAAAAUCAGUUAAUGUUAUUGUGAAGCCUCGAACCUUUUGUUAACUUUUGGUUUAAAUUUAAAACAAAACUCAAAACAAAAAGAAAAAAAAAAAAACAAACAUCCAACAUACCAUCAUCCAACAAAAGCGGUUACAACCGGAUUCAUCUUUGCCAUCGAUUUAAAGCCAUUUGGUGAACCUUGAUUGUGGUUGAAAACCUUUUUAAUUUUUUGCUGUGCUGUAUUGUCUUGUCUUUUUUUUUAAUUUUUUAAUUCACGAAAAAAAAGUUGAAAACACCACGAACUUCUUCUUAAGAUUUUUAUAUUGUUUUGCGAAAACAAACAGCAACAGAGCAGAGCAGAGAAACACCAGCGGCCAAAUCCAAUUUGAAAAAAAUCAAAAACUCAUUCUGCAGACAAACCGGCAUUUAAAUUAAAUAGAUCUCUUCAAUAAAACAACGCAUUCAAAAUGGUAACACCCCAUGAAAAUCCCGCCUUUAUAGGAGACGAUGGUGUGAGUAGAUCCCAGGAAAUGCACAAUCAUUCGAAUAGUGAGCCUCCGCCUAAAGAUGCCAAACCCGCCAAAGAACGUGAACAGUGGGGUAAGGGUAUUGAAUUUCUUAUGUCCUGCAUAGCCAUGUCUGUGGGUCUGGGUAAUGUUUGGCGUUUUCCCUUUACCGCCCUAGACAAUGGCGGUGGGGCUUUCCUGAUACCCUAUUUGGUGGUGUUAUUUUUGAUUGGUAAACCCAUUUAUUAUUUGGAAAUGAUUAUUGGACAAUUUUCAAGUCGCGGCUCGGUAAAGGUGUUCGAUUUGUGUCCAGCCAUGAGAGGCAUUGGUAUUGGUCAGGUUGUCUCAAUAUCAAUGGUCACCACAUAUUAUGUUGCCAUUAUGGGCAUGACAAUGCGUUAUCUGUUCGAUUCAUUUCGUUCGCCAUUGCCUUGGUCACAGUGUGACGAUUCAUGGAAUGCCGUCUGUGUAGCUUCGAUUGAGAAAAAUACCGCUGAUUUUUUGUACAAUUCUGCCGAUAACAUUUCCAAUUCGCAAAUCUUGAACUCUUCGGUUUUGAUGAGUUUAAAUAAUGCCACAACAUCGGCAGCAUUGAAAAGUACUAAACCAACAUCAUCGGCGGAAUUGUAUUUUAUCAAUGAAGUUCUGCGUGAAAAGGACAACAUAAAUGAUGGCAUUGGCCUACCCAAUUGGGAGCUGGUAAUUGGUUUAUUCAUAUCCUGGCUUUGUGUGUUCCUUAUUAUCAUCAAAGGUGUAAAGAGUUCCGGCAAAGCUUCCUACUUUUUGGCUAUAUUCCCUUAUAUCAUUAUGGCAGUUCUGUUGAUUAGGGCCUUGACAUUGCCCGGCUCCGUGGAUGGUAUUAUUUACUUCAUAAAACCCGACUGGAGUAAAAUCCUGGAUCCUAAGGUCUGGUAUGCUGCAGUGACCCAGUGUUUCUACUCGCUCUCAGUGUGCUUCGGCAAUAUUAUCAUGUAUUCUUCGUAUAACAAAUUUGGACACAAUGUACAUCGUGAUGCUACAAUUGUGACGGGAUUGGAUACCUGUACCUCGCUGCUGGCUGGUUUUACAAUAUUCGGUAUUUUGGGUCAUUUGGCACAUGAAAUUGGAACGGAUGAUAUUGGUAGUGUGGUCAAAGGUGGUGCUGGUCUGGCUUUCAUUUCAUAUCCUGAUGCCAUAGCCAAAUUCCAAAGUUUGCCGCAAAUAUUUUCGGUACUGUUCUUUUUGAUGUUGUUUGUCCUGGGUAUUGGUUCGAACAUUGCCAUGACAUCGUGUACCGUUACGGCCAUAAGAGAUAAUUUCCCUAAAGUGAAACAAUGGCAGUGUGCCUUGGGCAUAGCUAUUUUUAGUUUUUGCAUCGGAUUGGCCUAUGUUACACCGGGUGGCCAAUUCAUUUUGACUUUGGUGGAUUACUUUGGAGCUUCCAUGAUUGCCUUGGUUUUGGGUAUUGCAGAAUUGUAUGUCUUGGGCUGGGUUUAUGGUGUAGAUCGUUUGUGCCGUGAUGCUGAGUUCAUGAUGGGUCGCAAGGUUGGCCCCUAUUGGCGUUGGUGUUGGGCUGUUGUCACGCCUCUGAUUAUGACAGCUAUUUUGGUAUAUUUCCUCUCCACCUAUACACCAUUAACCUACAACAAAGUAACAUAUCCCAAUUGGGCCUAUGCCAUUGGCUGGACCAUCACCUGUUUUGGUGUCCUUCAACUACCCAUCUGGGUUGUGGUUGGUGCCAUCCGUGCACCCGGCUCAUCAUGGUCGGAAAAACUGAGAAAUGCCUUCAAGCCCAAGCACGACUGGGGUCCCAGAGAUCCUCUGUUACGCGAACAAUACAACAAAGAAAUUGCCAACGAAGCCAUUGCCAAUGAAAAUCUGGGCUGUUGGGGUUUCAUUAAGAAAAAUAUUCUUGGUUGAGCCAAGAUCUGCAAAUAGUAUUAGAUACCACAUAGUUUUAAUUUUGAUUUAUAUAAAUUUUAAGUUUAUUGUUUUGUAAAAAGAAAUUAUUAACGUAGA